GGUUGUUGUUGCGCAGAUGCAACGUCGUCGUCCUUCGUCGCUGCCCGCAUCUCCACGACCGUGCCUUCUUCUUUUUUUUGUUCCUGUGCUUCUUUUCGUCUUCUUCUUCUUCUUCUUCUUCUUCUUCUUCUUCUUCUUCUUCUUCUUUUUCUUCUUCUUCUUCUUUUUCUUCUUCUUCUUCUUCUUUUUCUUCUUCUUCUUCUUCUUCUUCUUCUUAUUUAACUUCUUUUUUUUUUUCUUCUUCUUGUUCUUGUUCUUGUUCUUUUUCUUUUUCUUCCUCUUCAUCCUUUACUUCUUCUUCUUCUGCUUCUUCCUGUUCGUCGAGGUGCUAGCCAUGGCGUCAAUAAGCGGGACGAGCAGUGUAGUGGGGAAGGGAAAGGAAAAGGUGAAGGCGAACGACGCUGCACCGCCAUUCGAAGCACAACUGGAACAACGACAGAAGGAGUUGGAGCGGGACAAUGUCGUAUACCGGUGGAUAGAAAGGGGACGUGAGGCAGAACCGAAGGGGUACGACCAGUAUUGGGUACGGUGCAAGUUGUGCAUGAAAACGUUCACAACAUCGAAGACCCGGGCAGUGGAGCACUUUGUUAGAAAGGGCAAAGCUGCAAAAACAUGCCAAUACAAAAGUGGGGAGAUGUUGCAUCUGUUGGCGCUGCGAGGGGCCACCAUCGAGGGAGAUACAGCCAAAAGAAUGCUUCACGAGUAUAGGGUUGAAAAGGGCAUUGCGGAAGACACAGGGAUGGAGAGAACGGGGAAUGUCGACAAGAGCACGGAGGACAACAUCGAGCAGCACUUGCAGCCAUCUCCGACACCUGGCCGGGAGGUGCGAACAAUGGAGGAAGAGAACGUGUGUGGGCUGCAGGAGGCAGAAGUCGGCACUCCUGUGCCGCCCUCUUGUGUGGGGUCUUCAUCUGCGGCGAAGUCCGUGAAGACCACACAGACGUCGAUCCGCCGGUGGACAGAGAACACCGCACAGAAGAAGUUGGACAUGCAAUGGGGAAUGGCGCUUUUUCGAUCUCGCGUGCCCUUCAAUCUCGUUUGCGUCGACGAGACGAAGGCCCUCCAUAACUUAUACAUGGAGUUAGGCAAAACGAAGGCGAAGGUCGACAUGCCCACCUUCGGCACAUUGCGAACCGUGAUUUUGGAUGCCGUGUACGAGGAUGUCAAAACGGCGGAGCUUUGUGAAAAGGAGCCCAUGUGGGACAGAUUUGGGGUGGCCGACUCCUCGUUGACGCAGAAGACAGCAUCGCAGUGGUGGUCGUCGUAUGGGGGGAAACACCCAAAGCUGCAGAAGAUAGCCACAAGGGUGACGACCAUGUGGAGCACAGCCACACCUUGCAAGAGGAACAGGUCGUCGUUGGACCUUAUUCACACUAAGAGGAGGAAGAACCUGUCGAGCGCAAGUUUGGCGAAGUUGGUUUAUAUCCACUGGAACAUGCAGCUCCAGUGCAUCCCCAAAAGCUUGAAGGAUGGGUUUGUGGAUGUUUGGGCAUCAUUCUUUGAUGAGGCAGAGGCUCCAUCACCGAAUGAUGAUCCGAUUCUCCCCGGCCCUUUGGUGCAGGACGAGGAGGAGUUGAGGAGGCAAUCCAACUUGAGGAAGACUCCGAAGGGGAGGAUUCCAGUUGGAGGGGGCUUGGAGGACUCGGACACGGAGUCAAGCAACGAAGAGAUCAUAUGGAGCGACAAACCACGCGAAACGAGAGCUUUGCUGCAAAGAUCAGCAAAAGGGGAGGAUGUUGUCGACCUUGAUUAUGCUGAGUCGGAGGAGGACGACGAGGACGUGGACGGAGACGGAGAUCAUGAAGAGGAGGACGCGGUAUAUGACCCUAACUUCGUUGACCUUCCACCAACACAUCACAGCGACGAAGAAAACAAUGCGGCAUUUGAAGACGGGAGCGAUUUGGAGUGCUGGUCCGUAGAGCAGCAGUCAUGUGCGCUAGCAUCAACCUCCCGUGACAAUGUUGACAGGGCUGCAGCAAAAGCCAUGGCAAACGGACGAGACCGGCUUCUUGUGCAACAACGCGUUCGGGAGGAAGAAGCGCGUCGUGAGGCUGCCCCCUUUCGUUCGACAGCACGUCUUCCCCGACAACCACCGCCUGUACAAGACAUGCUUGUUGACGAGCAGCAGUAGCAGGAGCCGUCGCAGCAGCAGGACAU